AUGCUUUUCGAGCGCCAUCCGUCAACUUCAAUCCAUCCCAAGGCGUGCGGCAUCAAUCAGCGUACCACUGAGAUCUUUCGUGUCAUGGGAGUGGAGGAAGACGUGUACGCAAUUUCAGCACCAGCCGAGAUAGCUGGACGAACAGCGUGGUACACGUCGCUUGGAGAAGGGGGGAAAGAAGUAUUCUCCAGAGAUGCGUGGGGAGGCGGCCAGUACGAAGCAGAGUAUGCCCAGCACAGUCCGUCGAAAUACUGCAUUCUGCCGCAAAUGAGAUUGGAACCGAUCUUGAAGCGACGCGCCGCGGAGCUGAAUCCUCAUCAAAUUUUCUACGGGCAUGAGGUGUUGACGACUGAGGAUCAUGGCGAUUUCGCGGAAGUUGCUGUAAAGAACCGCCACACGGGUGACGUCUGCCGACACAGAGGGAUGUAUGUGAUUGUCGCGGACGGCGGUCGUAUGUUUACCAAAAAGCUGGGAGUCGAGUGGAGCGGCGAGGCCGAUCUCUUGACCAUGAUGAGCGCACAUAUUCGCUCUCCGAUCAGAAAUCUGCAUCCCGAUAAUCGCAACUUCAUAACGUGGUUCACGAACCCAGCAAUGGGUGGCAGCACGCUCACCGGCUAUCUUUACCAGUUGGGACCUUGGCCAGAAGCGAUGAGCAAUCCAGAAAAAGAGGAGUGGAUGUUUGUUUGCGCCCAGGCGGCAGAUGACCCAACAAAGUUCGAUGCGGAGACGGCACUGGCUCGAGCGAGGAAGACCAUCGGCAUACCGGACCUUGACAUUGAGCUGAUUUCCCUCAGCGAGUGGACCGUGAAUGCUCUUUACGCAUCGCAAUGGCGUGUUGGACGCUAUUUCCUGGUAGGCGACAGUGCUCAUCGCAUUCCGCCAUGGGGCGCCCUAGGAAUGAACUCUGGCAUACAAGACGCAAAUAAUCUCGUUUGGAAACUUUCCAUGGCCAUCAAGAAGUCAGGCAAGCAGUAUGAUGGUCUCCUCGACACGUACGACGAGGAGCGCUCCGAGGUCGGGAAACGAGUCGGACAGACCAGCCUCGACAACAUGCGCUCUCACGCAGGUCAGAUUGAUCUUGUCAUGGGCGUCAGCGCGUCGCAGAGCAAAGCCGAGAACCUCGCAGCAGGUGCAGCAUUCUUCGACAAAGGACACCCUGACUACGCAGAGAAGCAGCGACGCAUGCAAUUGGCAUCACAAGCGCUUGAUACUGAGUUUAAGGCACCAGGAUACGAAGUAGGCUGGUUCUACCCGAGCGCAGACAUCAACUGUGAAGGUGGAGCGACGCAUGGAGGACAACAGCUGGCGGACGGUAGGCUGGUACAUGACACGUACUACAUUUCGACCAUUCCAGGGCAUCAUCUCCCCCACGCGUGGGUGACACGCGACGACAGCACAGUGGCGUUGCUUGAUCUCCUCGACCUAGACGUACUGACCCUAUUUACGGAGAAUACACUGGAAGAGAGGAUUGACGACGACAGAAUACACGUGGUGGUCGUUGGACAAGAUGGAUGGCAAGACACGACCGGGCAGUGGAAGAGGUACCGCGGUGUAGACGGGUCUGGCGGUGUGCUUGUGAGGCCCGACGGGAUUGUCGCUUGGCGAGGAUCAUUGGCGCAGGCCAAAGUCGAAGACUGGACGCGGCUUGUUGACAGGAUCUUGAAAGUUGUCUAG